GUAAAGUGACUCUCCUUCACCAGGAAUGAGGAAGCUGCUUUACAGACACUCCUGUUUUACACACGUCACUCAAACACAGAAGCAGGAAAUCAUUUCAGCUCCUCAGUUCAGGGAAACUGAAACUGAAUUAUUGUUGAGCUGUUGUGUGUUUGUGUCUCUAUUCAUGCAGUAAAAUGGCAGAAGCCAAGAUUUCUCAGGAUGAGUUCACGUGUCCAGUGUGUUUGGAUCUCCUGAAGGAUCCAGUGACUAUCCACUGUGGACACAGUUACUGUAAGAUCUGUAUUACAGGCUGCUGGGAUCAGGAGGAUGAGAAGAGAGUCUACAGCUGUCCUCAGUGCAGAAAGACCUUCAGUCCAAGACCUGAUUUAGCCAAAAACACCAUUCUGGCUGAAAUGGUGGAGAAACUGAAGAAGACUAUACUUCCUGCUGACUGUUACGCUGGAGUUGGAGACGUGGAGUGUGACGUCUGUACUGGAAGAAAAUGCAAAGCCGUCAAGUCCUGUCUGGUGUGUCAGGAAUCUUACUGUCAAACUCAUUUUGACCGUCAUGAGGAAUUUCACUUUCGUAAGCCACACAAAGUAAUUGAUGCCACUGAACGACUGCAGGACAUGAUCUGCCGUGAACAUGACAAAGAGCUAGACAUGUAUUGUAUUACUGAUCAACAAUGCAUUUGUGUGUGGUGUAAGGAGUGUGAACAUAAAAACCACAAUACUGUAUCAACAGAAGCGCAGAGGACAGAGAAACAGAAACAGCUGAAGGAGACACAGAUAAAGAUCCGUCAGAGAAUCCAGCAAAGACAGAAAGAUAUUCAGCAGCUGGUGGAGGCUGUGGAGUCUCAUAAGCGUUCUGCACAGACAGCGGUGGAGAACAGUGAGAGGAUCCUUACUGAUCUCAUCCGCUCCAUUGAGAGAAGCCGCUCUGAGAUCACACAGCGGAUCAGAGAUCAGGAAAAGACUGCAGUAAGAAGAGCUGAAGAACGACUGGAGCGACUGGAGCAGGAGAUCAAUGAUCUGAGGAAGAGAGACGCUGAGCUGGAGCAGCUUUCACAAGCACACAAUCACGUUCAUUUCCUGCAGAGUUUCCAGUCUCUCUCAGCACCUCCUGAAUCUACAGACGAACCCGAUGUUCCCUUCAGUUUUCUCUCCUCUUUUGAUGGAAUGAGAGAAUCUGUCCGUCAUCUGAUAGACAAACUGGAGGAUUUCAAAGAGGAGAUCAAGAAGAUCUCAGACGGAGUCACUUUCACCAACAUGAAUCUCAAGACCAGGAACGACUUCCUACAACAUUCCCAUCAGCUCACUCUGGAUCUGAACACAGUGAAUAAACUCAUACAUCUGUCUGAGAGGAACAGAGUGAUUUCUGACACUGGCACAGUGCAGCCGUAUCCUGAUCAUCCAGACAGAUUUGAUAGUUAUUCUCAAGUGUUGUGUAGAGAGAGUGUGCGUGGACGCUGUUACUGGGAGAUCGAGUGGACUGGGAGUCGUGUGUAUAUAGCAUUGUCAUAUAAGAGCAUCAGCAGGAAGGGACUGGGUAACGAGCGUUGGUUUGGAGGUAAUGAUCAGUCCUGGAGUUUGGACUGCUCUUCCUCCAGCUACACAUUCAGACACAAUAACAGACGCACUGAUAUCCGUGCAGUGUCUUUCAGCAGAAGAAUAGGAGUGUAUGUGGAUCACAGUGCAGGAACUCUGUCCUUCUACAGCGUCUCUGACACAAUGAGCCUCGUCCACACAGUCCAGACCACAUUCACUCAGCCGCUCUAUCCUGGGUUUGCUGUUGGUUCUAGAUCAUCGGUGAAACUGUGUUGAUUUUUCAGAAUAGAUUGCAGAGAGAUUUUACACAUAAUAUUUUGAGAGAUACAGAGACUCUUAUUUUAAUUCAGUUAAUGCAAAGUGUGAAGUGUCAGUGGUAAAACUGACUCAAAAUGUUGCACUGAAUGUUGAUCCAACAUGGAUGGAAACAAUACAAGAGGGAGAGAAGGAAGAGUAUGUCUAUAAAGAGGAAGAGGAGGACGAGAAGGAGCAAGGUGUGGAGAGUGUUGUCAAGGCAAAGGGUUUUUCCCUUUGCCUGCAGAGAUGACAUUGUCUGUGAUGUGGACAAAAUCCUUCGGCUGGACCAACAUGAAGACAUGAUGCUAGCAGAAUCAAUCUCUCACUGACCUUGAUUUAGAGUUUUUUUUACUGUAACUUUUUAGGCUUUUGCAGUUGGGUCAUUGUAUGUUCUCAGUAUGCAAGUGCUGAAUAUACAGACAUUCAAUACUAGGGCUAUACAAUAUUCAGUACAAUACAAUACUUACAAGUUAAGUUGUCAUUACUAUACUUUUUUUUUACGUAAUUGCACAAUUAGUUUACUUUGUUGUAAUACAUCUUUUCCCUUUUUUCUGUAUCUGCAUGCUUUGGAUUCUGUGUUCUCCAUUUUUUUUUUCAGUGUCUAAUGAAUGAUAUAGUGUUCAUAAUUUUGACUUGCUGGGUGUAUGAUCUGAAAGCAUUGUUUGAUUUUGAGCAAUGGUAAAAUGGUUUUGAGGCAAUUUUACCAGAAGAGUGAGCCCAUUCUCAUCCCAAGACGUCAUCUAACUGACACUUUUGACCAGACGUCAACAUCUGACGUUUUAGGGUACCCUUUAACGUCAGUUAGAUGACACUAUCUAAUCCUAACUCAGACCUAACCCCAGACCUAAACCUGCCCGCGUCAUCUAACUGAUGCUAAAGGUAAAGCGUUAGUUAGAUGAUGCACUAGUAAAGGGUACCCUAAAACAUCGGAUGUUGAC